GUAAUCUGGGGAUUAGGUCCUGUGUCUCCAAUAACAAAUGUGCUUCCUCUGUCUCUGGUGCUUCUUGUCUCUCUUAUCAAGGAAGCUUUUGAGGACUGGGGCAAGGAAAUUACAAAGAGAUUUCAAAAUGACAUGUCCAUAAACAAUAAUACUAUAGAAGUUUUGCAAGAUCAAAAGUGGGAGCCUAUACCCUGGAAAAAGUUGCAGGUUGGAGACAUUGUCAAGGUUAAACAGGAUGGAUUCUUUCCUGCAGAUCUGCUGUUCUUGGCGAGCACUAAUGCAGAUGGUGUCUGCUACAUCGAGACUGCUAAUUUGGAUGGGGAGACCAAUUUAAAGAUUAGGAAAGCAUUGGAAAAGACUUGGGAUUACGUGACACCGGAGAAGGCAUAUGAGUUUAAAGGUGAAAUUCAAUGUGAACAACCAAACAAUUCAUUGUAUACCUUUACUGGAAAUCUUAUAAGCCAAAAGCAAACAUUGCCUCUGAGUCCAAAUCAAAUUUUGUUGCGGGGUUGCAGUCUCAGGAAUACAGAGUAUAUUGUUGGGGUUGUGAUAUUUACAGGACAUGAAACAAAGGUGAUGAUGAAUACAAUGAAUGUUCCUUCCAAAAGAAGUACACUAGAGAGGAAGCUUGACAAGCUCAUAUUAACUCUAUUUGCAACUCUUUUCAUGAUGUGUUUCAUUGGAGCCAUUGGAAGAACUUCAAAUUUGAAUGAAGAACUUGGGCAGGUGGAAUACAUUUUCUCUGAUAAAACUGGAACUCUAACAAGAAAUUUAAUGGAGUUCUUCAAGUGUUCGAUUGGAGCAGAGGUCUAUGGAAAUGGUGUGACUGAAAUUGAGAGAGGAUUAGCAGAGCGCAAUGGCAUGAAGAUUGAGGAAAAUAGUUCUUCCAAAGUAAUGCAAGAGAGGGGUUUUAAUUUUGAUGACGCAAGGCUUAUGAGAGGAGCUUGGAGGAAUGAGCCUAAUCCUGAUGUCUGCAAGGAAUUCUUCAGAUGCCUUGCUAUAUGCCAUACUGUACUGCCUGAGGGUGAUGAGUCCCCUGAAAAGAUCAAAUAUCAAGCUGCAUCACCUGAUGAGGCUGCUUUGGUUAUUGCUGCAAAACACUUUGGUUUCUUUUUCUACAGACGCACACCUACAAUGAUAUAUGUUCGUGAAUCUCAUGUUGAGAAAAUGGGCAAAAUUCAAGACGUGUCUUAUGAGAUUUUAAAUGUUCUUGAGUUUAAUAGUACAAGGAAGCGUCAGUCUGUUGUAUGCCGUUAUCCUGAUGGAAGGCUUGUACUAUACUGUAAGGGUGCUGAUACUGUAAUCUAUGAGAGACUGGCUGAUGAUAGUAGUAAUAAUAUCAAGAAAAUCACCAGGGAGCAUUUGGAACAAUUUGGAUCUGCUGGAUUACGCACACUAUGCCUAGCCUACAAAGAAUUGCAUCCUGAUGUUUAUGAAAGCUGGAAUGAGAAGUUUAUCCAGGCCAAGUCUUCUCUAAAUGAUCGAGAAAAGAAAUUGGAUGAGGUGGCAGAACUUAUCGAAAAUGAUCUCAUUUUAAUUGGUAGCACAGCCAUAGAAGACAAACUUCAAGAGGGAGUACCAGCUUGCAUAGAGACUCUUCAAAGAGCUGGUAUAAAAAUUUGGGUUCUUACAGGGGACAAGAUUGAAACAGCGAUUAACAUAGCCUAUGCAUGCAACUUGAUAAACAAUGAGAUGAAGCAAUUUGUGAUUAGUUCAGAAACUGAUGCAAUUAGAGAAGUUGAAGACAGGGGUGACCAAGUAGAAAUUGCAAGGUUUAUCAAAGACGAAGUGAAAAAAGAGCUGAAGAAAUGCCUUGAGGAAGCACAGAGCUCUUUUCAUUCCCUAUCUGGACCAAAAUUAGCACUUGUAAUUGAUGGAAAAUGUCUAAUGUAUGCAUUGGAUCCAAGUUUAAGAGUGAUGCUGCUGAACCUAAGUUUGAAUUGUCAUUCUGUUGUUUGCUGUCGAGUGUCUCCUUUGCAGAAAGCACAGGUCACGAGUAUGGUUAAGAAAGGUGCACAAAAAAUAACACUUAGUAUUGGUGAUGGAGCCAAUGAUGUUAGCAUGAUUCAAGCUGCACAUGUUGGUGUUGGCAUAAGUGGGUUGGAGGGAAUGCAAGCUGUGAUGGCCAGCGAUUUUGCCAUUGCACAGUUCCGUUACCUUGCAGAUUUACUUCUUGUUCAUGGCCGAUGGUCUUAUUUGCGAAUAUGCAAGGUUGUCUUAUACUUCUUUUACAAGAAUCUCACUUUCACUCUUACUCAGUUUUGGUUUACGUUUCAAACUGGGUUUUCUGGUCAGAGAUUCUAUGAUGAUUGGUUUCAGUCAUUAUAUAAUGUUAUCUUCACAGCACUACCUGUAAUCAUUGUUGGAUUAUUUGACAAGGAUGUCAGUUCAUCUCUAUCCAAGAAGUACCCUGAACUAUACAUGGAGGGAAUAAGAAAUGUUUUCUUCAAAUGGAAAGUUGUGGCAAUAUGGGCAUUCUUUUCUGUAUACCAGUCUCUAAUAUUCUUCUAUUUUGUGAGUACAACAAAUUUAAGUGCUAAAAACUCAGCAGGCAAGAUAUUUGGACUCUGGGAUGUCAGUACAAUGGCCUUCACUUGUGUUGUGAUAACCGUCAACUUUCGACUGCUUAUGAUUUGUAAUUCGAUCACUAGAUGGCACUGCAUUAGUGUUGGUGGAAGUAUAUUAGCCUGGUUUAUUUUUAUUUUCAUAUAUUCAGGGAUUAGCACUCCCUAUGAUCGUCAGGAGAAUAUUUAUUUUGUCAUAUAUGUCUUGAUGACUACGUUCUACUUCUACGUCAUGCUACUUCUAGUUCCUGUUGCUGCACUUUUCUGCGACUUUGUUUACCAAGGGAUUCAAAGAUGGUUCUUCCCCUAUGAUUAUCAGAUUAUUCAAGAAAUGCACAGAGAUGAGCUAGAUAACACUGGUAGGGCACAGCUGCUGGAGAUAGGGAACCAGCUUACGCCAGCUGAGGCAAGGAGUUAUGCAAUAUCUCAACUCCCACGUGAGAUAUCAAAGCACACCGGUUUUGCUUUUGAUUCACCUGGGUAUGAAUCCUUUUUUGCGGCACAGCUUGGUGUAUACGCCCCACCCAAGGCAUGGGAUGUUGCAAGACGAGCUAGCAUGAGAUCGAAGCCCAAGACUGGGCACCAGAAGUAA